CAAAGGCAGCCAGACAUUUUCUCGUUCUGGAUCCACCGGACAGACAGGCCAGCUCUUCUUUAGAAUGGCGUUUUCUGGACUUCUGAGGAUCCUGCUGCUGUUCAUCCUUGUCGUGAAUGUCCAAGUAUUUACUCUGAGUGACUUGUUAAUGCCCAAGAGAUGCCCCAAAAGCCAAGAGAAAUGUGAAUUCAAAGAAAGGGAUAUAUGUAAGAAGGACAAAAACUGUCCAGGCAACAUGAAGUGCUGCGUCUUUGGCUGCGGAAAAAAAUGUGUAGACCUCAAAGAAGACAUAUGCAGUUUGCCGAAAGAUAUUGGGCCCUGCUUAGCUUUGUUUCCUCGCUGGUGGUAUGAUAAGAAAAAUGAUACCUGUUACGACUUUGACUACGGCGGCUGCCAGGGAAACAAUAACAACUUCCAAUCCAAAGACCUGUGCCUGAGCGUGUGCUCCAAGAAACACAUAUGCAGUUUGCCACAGGUAGUUGGCCCCUGCUUGGCCCUCCUUCCACGCUGGUGGUAUAAUAUGGAAACUCAGGCAUGCUCCAAAUUCAUGUAUGGUGGUUGCCAAGGAAACAAUAACAACUUUCGAUCUGAAUCUGCCUGCAAGGCCUUCUGCUCAGAGAAAUAGUCGUCUUCUUGACUAGGAUAACCUAACCUGAACUGGGACAACCUCCAGGACCUGGCUCAUAACCCAGUCUCUCUACACUUGCGCUUGACUGAUGCUCCAUAUUGGUUUCCACUGGCCACACCUCGGCUGCCCAGGACCUUGGCUGUUCCAAACACAGAACCCCAGGAUUUGCUUACUCCCUUUCCUCCAGUUCAGCUUCUCUUCAAGCAUAAUGCCCUUCACCUUUUGACCCUUUCUCAGUAUGUGUCCCUGUCUCUUUGACUUUCAGGGCCUCCAUGUAUGCUUUGGAGGCCCCCGUUUCCCCCAAUAAAGUGCUCUGUGAGA